AUGUCGGUAGUGAUAAAUCAGUUGUGCUAUGAGCUGCUGCCGCAGGAUCCGUCGUUGCUGUUGGCUCUGAAAUCGGUCGCGGAUGUAUUUGCGCACACUGUGCACAUCUUCAAAUCGUUCAUUGAGCAAUCACAUCUGGCAAUUGCAGACAGCAUCAACUCAUUUCUCAAAAAUGAGCGACUGAAAGUCACCGAAACGCAUUGUCAUUUCGAAAGUUUGUCGAAUUCACUGGACGAAGCACUUUCGAAGCGUGCAGCGGUGCACCGAGCACGGCCAACGGAGGUGGCUGACGCAAGAAAUGCACUGACUGCCGUUGGCACAUGCUUCGCGCACACUGCGCUGGACUAUGUCGCCCAGAUUAACAUUGCCCAUGCACACAAGGACCAUCUGAUCCUCGAUGCUUUGUGGUCGUUUGCCAAAGAAUGCAAUACGUUUUUCUCGCGUGGGCAUGCAUUUUUCGAUGAAUGGACAGCGGUGGAGAGUGGUGCAAUAGCCGACACAUUAUCGUUGCUUGAAAGCAAAAAUAAGUAUGUGAAAAGGAAAAUGCAAGAUCGACAUGCACUGGUGCCAAAGGAAGUGUUUCUUCAUCCGACGGGCAUCUCGCCAGAAGAUGAUGUGGUCAUGGAAGGAUAUCUUUUUAAACGAGCCACUAAUGCGUUUAAAACAUGGCAUCGACGCUGGUUCCAAAUCAAGGAUAAUAAAUUAAUCUAUUCUCAUCGAUCGGACGCAUUUGAAACACCAACUGUCAUGGAGGCUGAUUUAAAGUUGUGCCUUGUAAGACCGGCACCUCCCAAUUUUGAACGGACAAGUUGCUUUGAAUUGGUCACUCCAACCAGGAAUCAUCUGUUACAAGCAGACUCGGAUACACUCUGUAGUGCGUGGAUGCGUGCACUGCAAAGAACAAUUCAUUAUUUGCACGAAAGUGAUGAGCAGACAGUCGCAGAGGGAGCCGUGGUUAAAUUCAUUGAUGAUGGAGCUCCCGAAUCGACAUCAAAUUUGCACCGCGAAUCGUUGCUCACCGAACUGAGACAAAUCCCUGGCAAUGAAGUAUGCGCGGACUGCGGCGCCAGCACGCCCAAAUGGGCUAGCAUCAACCUUGGUGUUUUACUGUGUAUCGAAUGCUGUGGCAUACAUCGAAGCUUUGGUGUUCAAGUUUCGAAAGUCCGUUCUCUAGUAAUGGAUACGCUGGAACCGGAGCAGAGGAAAGUGUUGCUGGCGCUGGGCAAUCGAGCUGUCAAUUCAGUUUAUCUUGCACACAUCCCCACCUCAAAAGUUGUUCCUCCACGUCCUGUGUCCACUUCUUCGAGGGCAAUGAGGGAAGCAUGGAUAAGGGCUAAAUAUGUCGAGAAGAGAUUUGUGAGAAAGUGCAGCGAACGAGCAAGGAAAUUCGCAGUUAAGCGUGCCGAAGGCUUCCAUCGCAGAGUUCCUGGGCAGUGUUCGUUUUUGUUCUUGUAUGUUUGCCAACCGCUCAAAUGA